AUGGCUAGUUCCGCGACGAAGAAAGUUAAAGUUACUGAUAAUGUAGACAAAGACAUGUUCAACGACUUACCCGAAUGCAUUAUCCUUCACAUACUCUCUUUCUUGACUACCAAGCAUGCAGUUAGAACAUGCAUCUUAUCCUCAAGAUGGAAGGAUCUCUGGAAACGUCUCCCCGCUCUUAUAUUCCGUAGAUCAGAUUUUCAAACUAAUAUGAUAUUCACCGAAUUCGUGUAUAAGGUUUUCUCUCUUCGCGAUUCCUCUGUCUCACUGCACACUCUCGACUUUGAGAAUGUAUCUAUUCUCUUGGUGCGUUACAUGCUUACGUGGAUUGUGAAUUAUGCUAUUUCACACAAUGUUCAACGCUUACGACUUAGUGGAACUAGUGGCAUUUCACUAAUUCCUGUUGCCUUAUUUUCAUCUCAGACUUUAACACAUCUUACCCUUUCUAUUUCCGAUCAUGACAUUGAUCAAUUUUCUCUCAAUUUACCAGCAUUAAAGUAUCUUAAGCUUUCUAUUUGUUUUAGUUGUGAAAUCCUGUUUCCAAAAUCUCUCAAUUUGCCGGAGUUAUCUACCUUGGAACUAGAGAAUUUUACAUUUUCUGUUGGCGACAAUGAUUGCGCAGAACCAUUUUCGACCUUUAAUAUGUUGAAUCGUUUGCUCAUUGCUGAUUGUUCCGUGAAAGCUUUGGGAACCCUCUGCAUAUCUAACGCGACGCUCGUCAAUUUUACUAUAUUCAGUGACUUGGAAAGCGGUUAUAAAAUUGUUCUUUGCACUCCAAGUCUUUGUACAUUUGCUUUUCGUGGUAUUCCUUAUCACGAUAUCUCUGGGAGCAAUAUUUCUUUUCUUAAACAUGUAGAUAUUGAUGCAGGAGCAUUUCCAUAUAGAUGCGGGCCUCCUUUGUUUCUGUUGAAGUGGCUCUCAGAGUUUGCUAAUAUAAAAUCAUUGACCGUCACUGCAAGUACUCUUCAGCUUCUCUCCUUAAUUCCUAGUUUGUUGAAGUUUGAGAUCCCUUCCUUGGGUAAAUUGAAGUUAUUGAAAGUGAAAAUUGACGAAAUUCAUUAUGGACUCCGCCUGACGUUGUGUAAUGGCAAGUUACAGAACGCCAAGUCAAUGGAAGAAGUUGCCAGGAUACAGAAAGCAUUUGAUUUAGGAUUGGAACCGUCUCCGCUCGUACCUGAUGGAAUUGUGGAUUUCUUGCUUCAAAAUUCACCUUCGGCUGAAGUUGACUUAGUUGAUUGCAGAAAAAAAACCUCAUAG